GUGGCAUGCGGGGCGGAGUUUAAACCAAGCGGCUGCACCUCUCUUUUCUGGGCUGCAGCCGAAACAGCUCUUACCUCUGCAGAACUGAAGAGAACCAAACCGAGAAGAGGUUCAUCCUUCGGAUUAUCAGAGAUUAACGCACAGCCAGAAACUGCAGCGACUCAGGACAGACUCAGGAUCAGCACUCUCCUGUCCCCAACAUGGCUGAGACUAAGGGCAAAUUUGACUUUGCCAUUGACCGCGGAGGCACAUUCACAGAUGUGUUCGCCCGGCUGCCCGACGGACGUGAGAGAGUCCUGAAACUGCUCUCCAGCGACCCCCAAAACUACAAGGACGCCCCAACAGAGGGGAUCCGUAGAGUCCUGGAAGAGGAAACAGGACAGGUGUUUCCCCGUGAGCAGCCUGUAGACACCUCUCUUAUUGGCUGGAUCAGGAUGGGCACCACAGUGGCGACCAACGCACUGCUGGAGAGAAAAGGAGAGAGGACGGCGCUGCUGGUCACUAAAGGCUUCAAGGACUUGCUGCACAUCGGCACACAAGCCAGACCAAAACUCUUUGAUUUGGAAGUCGCCAUGCCUGACGUGCUGUAUGAAGAAGUGAUAGAAGUGGAUGAACGGGUCGUCCUCCAGAAAGAUGGCUGCCAGCUGCCCAGGAACGAUCCAAAACGUACCGUAACAGGCGGUACGGGGGACACCUUAGAGGUGUGGAAGGAGGUGGAUCUGGAGCAGGUGGAAAAGGACCUGAGAGGAAUUCUAUCCCACGGUAUCACCAGUGUAGCCGUUCUCCUCCUUCACUCUUACACGUGGCCUGAGCACGAGAAGGCGGUGGGCGCUCUAGCGCGCCGUCUGGGCUUCACCCAGGUGUCUCUCUCCAGCGAGGUGAUGCCGAUGGUGCGGGCCGUCCCUCGUGGCUACACGGUCUGCGCUGACGCCUACCUCACCCCUAAAAUUCAUCAGUAUUUAAAAGGCUUCACGUCUGGAUUCAAAGGGGGGUUGAAGGACGUGGACGUGUUGUUCAUGCAGUCAGAUGGAGGUCUGACCCCCAUGGAGCAGUUCUGUGGAUCCAGAGCGAUUCUGUCUGGACCUGCUGGGGGCGUGGUGGGAUACGCCAUCACCUCCUACAGCCAGAUGGAGAAAAAACCUGUGAUUGGCUUCGACAUGGGCGGUGUGUGUGUGCUCGAACACUUGUGGAACUGUUCAGGAGAUUUGUUGCAGCUUGUGUUUUCCCCUGCAGGAACCUCCACGGACGUGAGCCGAUACGCGGGUCAGUACGAGCAUGUGUUCGAGGCCACGACGGCAGGAGUCACCCUGCAGGCGCCUCAGCUGGACAUCAACACCGUGGCUGCAGGAGGAGGCUCACGGCUCUUUUUCAGAUCAGGGAUGUUUGUGGUGGGACCAGAGUCUGCAGGUGCACAUCCAGGACCUGCCUGCUAUAGAAAAGGUGGUCCUCUGACUGUUACCGAUGCUAAUUUAGCUCUGGGUCGCCUCCUUCCAACGUUCUUCCCAAAAAUCUUUGGACCAGCGGAGGAUGAACCCUUGUCUUUGGGGGAGACGAUGAAGCAAUUCCAUCAUCUCACUGAUGAGAUAAACCACUUCCUGUCUUUAAACCAAUCACAGGUGGGAGAAAAUAAACCGCAGAACAACGUGGUGUCCAACAUCCAAUCAGAGAUGAGUGUUGAGGAGGUUGCUAUGGGGUUUAUUCGUGUUGCUAACGAGGCCAUGUGCAGACCAAUCAGAGCCCUGACACAAGCCAAAGGUCAUGAUACGUCCCAACAUGUAUUGGCGUGUUUUGGGGGUGCAGGUGGACAACAUGCGUGUGCUAUUGCUCGAGCUCUGGGGAUGAAGACUGUCUUCAUUCAUAAGUACAGUGGUGUGUUGUCGGCGUACGGUCUGGCUCUAGCAGAUGUCGUAGAAGAAGUGCAGGAGCCGUGCUCGCUGAAGUACGAGCAGCAGUCUUUUGGCGAGCUCGACUGCAGGAUGGACCAGCUUUCUAAACGCUGCAGCGACACGCUCGGCUCACGUGGCUUCAACAGCGGUCAGAUAACCACUGAGAUUUUCCUCCACCUGCGGUACGAUGGAACCGACUGCGCUCUGAUGGUUACAGCUGACGGUUACCCCGGCAACCCCCAGUCCUGUCGAGCUGGAGACUUCCGCGCCGCCUUCACCAAACGUUACAAGAAGGAGUUUGGCUUCACCAUCCCAGACCGACCCAUCGUGGUGGAUGACAUCAGAGUGAGGGGUUGUGGGAAAUCUGGUAUCACAUCAGCAUAUAAACCAAAAAUGGAGCACAGACAAGCCAAACCUGUCAUGACGACCAAGUGCUACUUUGAGGAAGGUUACCUGGAGACCAGUGUGUACCUGUGGGAGGAGCUUCCAUGUGGCGUCAGCAUUCGGGGACCGGCCAUCAUCAUUGACAAAAACAGCACCAUCCUGGUGGAGCCGUCCUGUGAGGCCCAUCUUACUAACAAAGGCGAUGUUUGUUUGACCGUUGGCUCAGACCAUAAUUUCAUCCUCGGCACUAAACUCAACACAGUGCAGCUCUCGAUCUUCUCCCAUCGCUUCAUGAGUAUAGCGGAGCAGAUGGGUAGAGUCCUCCAGAGGACAUCCAUCUCUACAAACAUCAAAGAGCGUCUGGACUUCUCCUGCGCCGUGUUUGGACCCGAUGGAGGUCUGGUUUCCAACGCGCCGCACAUCCCGGUCCAUCUGGGAGCCAUGCAAGAGACGGUCCAGUACCAGAUCAGAGCACUGGGGAGCAAACUGAAAGAUGGAGAUGUGAUUCUGAGUAACCACCCGUGCGCCGGAGGCAGCCAUCUUCCGGACCUUACCGUCAUCACACCGGUGUUUAGAAAAGGAGUGAACGAUCCGGUGUUCUUUGUGGCCAGCAGGGGGCAUCACGCCGACAUCGGAGGCAUCACUCCAGGCUCCAUGCCGCCUCACUCCACAUCCCUGCAGCAGGAGGGGGCAGUCUUCAUUUCAUUUAAGCUGGUCAGCGGGGGAGUCUUCCAGGAGGAAGCUGUGACUGAAGCUUUGAUGGCUCCGGCUCAGUAUCCUGGCAGCUCUGGGACUCGUAACCUCCACGACAACCUGUCAGACCUGCGGGCUCAGGUGGCAGCAAAUCAGAGGGGCAGCCAGUUGGUGGGCGAGCUGAUCGACACGUAUGGCCUCGCGGUGGUUCAGGCCUACAUGGGACACAUCCAGAGCAACGCUGAGCUGGCAGUGAGGGACAUGCUCAGAGAGUUUGCACAGCAGCGCCGGGAGCAGACCGGAUCCUUGGAGGUGGAAUCUGAGGAUUUCAUGGACGACGGGUCGCCGAUCAGACUGCGGGUUCAGAUUGACGAGGAAGAGGGCAGCGCGGUGUUUGACUUCACCGGGACGGGGACAGAAGUGUGGGGGAACUGUAACGCUCCGCGGGCGAUCACCCUGUCUGCCCUCAUCUACUGUCUACGCUGCAUGGUGGGACAGGACAUACCCCUCAACCAGGGUUGCCUCAAGCCAAUCAGCGUCAUCAUCCCGCCUGGCUCCAUCCUCCAGCCGUCCCAGAAUGCAGCAGUGGUCGGGGGAAACGUGCUCACGUCCCAGAGAGUGGUCGACGUCAUAUUUAAGGCGUUUGAGGUGUGCGCAGCCUCACAGGGCUGCAUGAACAAUAUUUCGUUCGGCAGCGAGAAGGUUGGUUAUUACGAGACUGUUGCUGGAGGAGCCGGAGCCGGACCUGGCUGGAACGGGCGCAGCGGAGUGCACAGUCACAUGACCAACACCCGCAUCACCGAUCCAGAGAUUCUGGAGAAGAGGUACCCUGUGAUUUUGGAGCAUUUCUCUCUGCGGCCUGACUCGGGAGGUGCAGGGCAGCACUGCGGUGGAGACGGGGUGAUACGGAGACUUUUGUUCAGGAGCGAGGUUGUUCUGUCCGUGCUGACAGAGCGGCGAGUCACCCGCCCCUACGGCCUGAAAGGUGGUGAGGAUGGAGCUGCAGGGCUGAACCUGCUCCACAGAGCUGAUGGCCGAGUCCUCAACCUGGGAGCCAAGACCAGCGUCAGCCUUCAGCCGGGGGACAUGUUCUGCCUCUACACCCCCGGAGGAGGUGGCUAUGGAAGAGAGGAAGGAAACAGAACUCCAGAGGCUAAACGGAGGCGCUUGUAUGAGACAUUCCCAGAGAGGGGGAGCGUUUUUGAAUACAGAUUGGCACAAGAGGGAGUGUAAAAUAAAAAAUAAAUAAAGAUGAGAAAGAGCUAACAGAUCAGGCAUUUGUGAAAACUCAAAUUUUCUUGAACUAAACGUAAAUGCUGACACUUGUAACACCUUCUUUAUCUCAGUGAACUCACCCCUUAGGGUUUAUUUUUAACCUUUUUUCUUUUCAAAUAGACAAAUAAAUCUCUUUUCUACAA